UGGAAAAACGUAGCAACGUUGCUAAGACUUUUAAAUAAUUUUUAAACUUUGUUUACAUUAUUUUUAGGGGAUUCAUGCCUAAGUGGGGAUUACGAGAACUAAACACGUAUAAAAAUGGAUGUUCCAGCAAAAAUAAUCUUUAACGAUAUUUGUGCUUAUUUUGUUAAAUCAAAAACUAUGGAUUUUGAUAUAAAUUGUAAAAUGCUACGCUUUCAAAACGAACGUUUAUUGGAGAAAGGUGACAUUAGUUUCAUUCGGCGCCUGCAGAAUUGGGAUGUAUAUGCCCGUAAUUACGGUGCUUUGAGAAAUGUUAAUAUAUUAACUGAGAAUGAAGCUGACGAUGCCGAAGAAUGUAAAAAGUUUUUAAUAAAGGCAGCAGACUGGGUUUAUCCAAUUGAGCGUAUACAACUCGCUGGCGAACGUUGCAUUUUAUUUUUAAAACGUACGACAGUGAUUGAGACUCUACUACGCCAAGUCCUUGGUGACUCAUCUAACAGCGGUUUAUUGUAUGGUAAACAUAAAAAAAAUACUUUGCGUUAUGUAUAUGUACAUAAAAAUCCAAAGUUGAUUGAGGUUGCUAGUAAGGACUUAACUCAAUAUAGGGUUAAAAUUUUGACAGAAGUGUUGAUCAGGUUGCUACGAUACUCUGAGUGGAACUUAUUAGAUGAGCUGUCGACAGAUGAAGUUUUCGGCGAACUACUUCAACUGUCUUUAAGAAGCGUAAAUACACCAAAAGAAGUGGAGGACCCAAAUAUUUUAGAGAUUACAUGUGGCUUAGUUAAGGAUCCAGUAACAGGAAAAAUGGCAACAAUGUCUCUAGAUGAAUAUUUUGAAGUAAGGGGAGCUGAGAUGCGUUUAGCUGCUAUGCAUAAAUAUGGACUACGAUUUAAUCAAAUGGACUUUAAAGCUAUACUAGAGCAGCUUUCAACAGCAGCUGUCACAGUGGACUUAUUAGGGAAAAAUCCUGCUUCAGAUGCUAAAAUUUUGCAUAAUGGUAUUGGUUCUUCAAGAGGUGCUUCAUUUAUAUUGUACAAUUCUGCACGCAUUGAAACUUUGCUGAGGCGUUUCGAUGAUGAAGUGAGGAAGGGCAAGUACGAAGACUUACCAGAUUUGAAUCAAGUAGAUUUGUCUCUACUAACGAAAGAAGAAGAAUGGCAAAUUCUUUUUGGUUAUGUUUUUGCAUUUCCACAUUUAAUUGAUGAAUGUCUAGCUUCUUUGAAAAAGGGACAAUGUUCAGUUAAUUUAAUUGAACAAUAUCUGAAGGGCUUAGCAUCAUCAAUAAGCGUUUAUUAUCAGCGUAUAAAAAUAUUAACUGAUUCAAGAGAACAUCUUAUGCCUUAUAUAUACGCUAGAAUUUAUUUAAUGAAAGCUGCACAGUUGGUACUAAACAAGGCCUUAGGCCUGUUGAACAUUCCUCCCAUGCAUCAUAUGUAAAUCUAAACGAUAUAAAAAAAUACAGAGUCGAUAAUUAAAAAUGUUUGCCAAACUUUCCCAAUAAAGCAUAAACGACGCUAAAGAACAUAGAUUAUAAAUAGUUGAAUAUUUUUAUUAUUGUAUUUUUAAAGUUUUUAUUUAUUUAUCACAUUUAAUUUAAAAUAAUUUAUGUAA